CCCUUAUCUUCCCCCACACUUUUGAUUUGUUACAAAUGUCCAAGCAAUUUAUCGGUGCUGUUGAUCAAGGAACAACUUCAUCUAGAUUCUUAAUUUUUGAUAAUGAAGGUACAUUAAUUACAUUCUAUCAAGUAGAGCUACCACAAUCCAAUCCUCAACAAGGAUGGUUAGAGCACGAUCCCAUGGACAUCUUAAAUACCGUAUUAGAGUGCAUAGAUAAGACAAUACAUAGAUUUGAGCUGAUGGGGUACAAUGUCAAGGAUAUUAAAGGAAUCGGUGUUACAAACCAAAGAGAGUCGGCUGUAGCAUGGAAUAAAAAAACUGGCGAACCGCUGCGUAAUACCAUUGUUUGGAGCGAUGUUAGAACCGACGAACUUGUUCACACUUUCAAGAAAAAGAAAAACUCUCAUAUUGUAAAGGAUCUUUCAGGACUUGACUUGACCUCUUAUUUUACUGCACUCAAGUACCGCUGGAUGUUAGACAACGAUGAGGAAGUUAAGAAGGCGGUCAAGGAAGGCACUGCAUGUUUCGGAACUGUUGAUAGUUGGUUAAUCUUCAAACUGUCUGGUGGACAAGCCCAUGUAACUGAUGUUACCAAUGCCAGUCGUACUUUACUCAUGAAUUUGAGAACUCUGGAAUGGGAUUCCCAACUUUUGGAAUUUUUUGACAUUCCUAAAUCAGUUUUACCUGAAUUAUGUUCAUCGUCACAGGUAUAUGGUAAAGUUAAACUGGAUAUUGCAUUAGACGGUGUUCCUAUUGCUGGGUGCUUAGGUGAUCAACAAGCUGCCUUGUUAGGGCAAAAAUGUUUUGAUAAAGGUGAAGCCAAGUGUACAUUUGGUACCGGCGCGUUUAUGUUGUUUAAUACAGGAACAAAGCCUGUGACUUCAUCACACGGAUUGAUUACCACAAUAGCCUUUAAACUAGGAGAAAAUGAACCAGCCACUUAUGCUCUGGAGGGAUCAAUGGCUGUAGCAGGAUCUUCAUUGAGAUGGUUGCGUGAUAACUUGAGAUUGAUUAACUCCAUGGAAGAAGUCAGUGAUUUAGCGGAACAUGUUGCAGAUACUGGUGGGGUUUAUUUUGUUACAGCAUUUUCUGGCUUAUUUGCACCUUAUUGGCGUGAUGAUGCACGAGGUACGAUGAUUGGGCUGACCAGCUACACAAACAAGUAUCAUCUGGCCCGUGCUACGCUCGAAUCUAUGUCGUUUCAAGCAAGAGCCAUAUUAGAAGCUAUGAAUCAAGAUGCUAGUACACCGCUUAAAGUGCUGAAAGUAGACGGUGGUGUUUCAAAUUCAAACAUUGCUAUGCAAAUUCAAGCUGAUUUGUUAGGCAUUAAUGUAGAAAGACCCUCAAUGCGUGAAACAACCGCAUUCGGUACAGCUAUUGCCGCGGGUUUGGCUGUUGGAGUUUGGAAAUCUGUUCAUGAAUUAGACGGUGUGAAUGUAAAGGGAAUCACCACAUUUGUGCCAAACUUGAUAGAAAGUGAUAGAGAAGACAGAUACAACGUAUGGAAAAAGGCAGUAGAAUCUUCGCUUCAUUGGACAGAUGAUGUGGAGGAUGACUUAUAAUACUUAUUUUUUAUUUUUAUUAUUCAAUUAUACAUUCCUUUAUCACUU